CGCGUCGUGUGGCCGAAAGGACUGGUCCUCACGGUGUGGAAAAAACCCAAAAAUCGUUUCUAUACCCAACACCAUAAGGACGUUGAUCUUGAACAAUCACAACACUUAUCGAGAUUUAGUGGCCGGAACCAAAUUCCACAGACUACCCACUGCAGGUCGUAUGCUCAAAAUGAUGUGGGACACCGAUCUGGCUUACUUGGCAGAACUCCUGGUGAAGCGCUGCGAUCUCCAGCCCACUGAUCACUGCAUAUCCACGGAGUUGUUUUCCGCCCCGAGCUACCAUGCGGUCUACAACAAGUUCAAGAAGAACGAGGAUACUUUCAGGAUAGUUAGAUCCCAGCUAAAUAGCUGGUACGAUCAGUACAAGCACGUCUCUGCAGCCAGCCUAUUAGAUGGGUUGUCCAAUGAUAAAUCGGAAAUUGGACACUUCCUGAGAAUGAUGGUGGGCCCCAGUAACCGUAUAGGCUGUGCCAUAGCCAGGAUCGAAAAAGAUGGGUGGACCCACCAAUGGCUAGCCUGUGUCUACAGCUGUUCACCAAAGAAAAACUCUGUACUCUACGAGUAUUCUAUCAAUCCCGGAAUGUUUUGCACCACCGGGGUUGAUGGCAGGUUUCAACAUCUUUGCAACGAAACGGAGCCUGUUGAAGAUUGCAAAAGUUCCGACCAAUUCAAAGUGGACAUUACCAAUGACACUGCAUCCCAUAUAAGGAGCAUGAUGAAUAGACGGCCACAAUCCAGGAAUAUUCUGUGUGGUUUCUGUGCUCUCUGCUGCGAGUGGUGGGAUUGGGCAAAAGGCAGCUGGGGACUGGUUCAGAAAACCUGGAGUGUCAUUCAAGGUGGCAGCGGCGGUCAUGAAGAGGAAUGAAAUUUACACUUUUUUUUCGCAUUUUACCAUUUAAAGGUAUUUGCCGAAAUUAAAAACCUCAGAAUAAAAUAAUGGGAUAACCAAUUCUAUUGUUUAACCACACACUGAAAUAAGAAACUUA